UGCUCAGAGCCUCGAGCGGCGGCGCGGAGCGGAGCAGACUGUGCGCGCGUGACUGACCGUGUGUGGACCAAACCGCUGCAGCGCGCAUCCAACCCUGCAGGCAUCCCGGGAGCAGGCGCGCCUCUCCGCCUCCGCGGGACACUUUUCCCUCAUGAAAGCCAACACCGGGGAGACAUGUGGAAGCAUCCCGUGAAACCGCACCGCUUCUCGGUGGUGUGUUUUCUGUUGACAGUGUGGGCAGAGGUGUCUCAGUGCACGGGGUACUUUGAGCUCCAGCUGCUGUCGCUGGACAACCCCCGGGGGCAGCUCCUGAGCGGGGACUGCUGCGACUCCACGCGCAGCGCGGCCGGCGGCUUCUGCGGCGAGGACGAGUGCGACACCUACUUCCGAGUGUGCUUAAAGGAAUACCAAACCGAGGUCACGACCACGGGAGCGUGCACGUACGGCUCCGAGAUCACGAAGGUUUUUGGUGGGAAUAUUUUUCGCUUCAAGAGUGACCAGAAAUCAGGACAGAACCGGAACCAUGACGCAGGGAAAAUCGUCAUUCCCUUUCAGUUCGCGUGGCCGCGAGCGUACACGGUGAUAGUGGAGGCGUGGGACUGGGACAACAGCACUCACAGCAGUGAUGAGGAGCUGCUUAUCGAGCGGAGCAUCCACAAAGGUAUGAUCAACCCCGGAGAGGAGAAACAGACUGUAGAGCACAAGACUUCGGUCACCAGCAUGCAGUACACCGUUCGAGUGCGUUGCCAUGAGCACUACUAUGGCAGCAAGUGCAACCAGGUGUGCCGUCCUCGCGAUGACUACUUUGGCCAUUAUGUGUGCGACCAGUCGGGAAACAGAAACUGUAUGGAGGGAUGGACGGGGCCAGACUGCAAAACAGCCAUCUGCAAACCAGGAUGUCACAGCAUUCAUGGAACCUGCAGCGUCCCAGGGGAAUGCAAAUGCAAGUAUGGAUGGGACGGCUUGCUGUGCGACCAGUGCUUGCCUUACCCCGGCUGCUUCCACGGUACCUGCAACGAGCCGUGGGAGUGUUCCUGUGAGAAGAACUGGGGAGGUCUUCUCUGUGAUAAAGAUUUGAACUACUGUGGCACCAACUGGCCGUGCAAAAACGGAGGAACAUGCAUGAACACAGAGCCAGACGAGUAUAACUGUGCGUGCCCAGACGGCUACUCAGGAAAGAACUGCCAGAUUGUUGAACAUGCCUGCGUGUCCAACCCCUGUGCUAAUGGAGGGACAUGCCAUGAGGUUCCUUCAGGUUUUGAGUGUCACUGUCCUCCUGGCUGGUCUGGGCCCACCUGUGCUAAAGACACAGACGAAUGCUCCUCGAACCCCUGCGCUCAUGGUGGGACCUGCAUCGACAUGGAAAAUAACUUUGAAUGCCUCUGCACUCCGUCGUGGACCGGCAAGACCUGCCAGAUCGACAUUAACGAGUGUGCGGGAAAGCCUUGCCUCAAUGCUUACUCUUGCAAAAACUUCAUUGGUGGAUACCACUGUAUCUGCUUUCGUGGAUGGGUUGGCCAGAAUUGUGACAUCAAUCUGAACAGCUGCCACGGGCAGUGUCAGAACGGAGGAGCCUGCAAGGAAAGCGCCAAUGGCUACCAGUGUGUCUGCCAACCAGGUUUUGUGGGUCGCCACUGCGAGGUGCAGAGGAACCUGUGCUCUAGCGGUCCAUGCAAAAAUGGUGGCCACUGCCACGCUUUGUUGGAUCACUUCCUGUGCGAAUGCCCUCAGGGCUUCACAGGGGCAACAUGCGAGGUGCAGAAUGAUCCUUGCCGGCCAAACCCCUGUCACAACAAGGCCCAGUGUUUCCGCCGGUUGAAUGAUUUUUACUGUAGCUGUUCCAAUGAGCAUGAGGGCAAAACCUGUUCAGAAGCGAAGGACCAUUGUAAGACCAACACAUGUCUUGCAAUUGACAGUUGCACUGUUGGUGUUUUCACCAACGACACCCAACAGCUUGUGCGGCGCAUCUCAUCCAAUGUGUGUCGACCACACGGACGCUGCAUCAGCCUGACUGCCGGGAACUUCAGCUGCUCCUGUGAUUCGGGAUUCACCGGCCUCUACUGUCACGAGAACAUAAAUGACUGUGCCUCCAACCCCUGCAAAAAUGGAGGCACUUGCAUUGAUGGGAUCAACUCCUUCCGGUGUAUCUGCCCAGGCGGCUGGGAAGGCCUCCUCUGUGAUUCUGAGGUGAACGAGUGCAGCAGACUUCCCUGUCAGAACGGCGGCCAGUGUGUCGAUCUCCUCAACGACUUCUACUGCAACUGUGUGGACAACUGGAAGGGGAAAACCUGCCACUCACGUGAGAGUCACUGUGACUCCAACACCUGCAAUAACGGAGGGACGUGUUACGACCACGGCGAUUCCUUCGUGUGCAGCUGUCCUGCAGGGUGGGGAGGAAGAACCUGCAGCACAGGCAAAAACAACUCUUGUGAUUCGAGUCCGUGUGAGAAUGGCGGGACGUGUGUCGGGGCUGGAGACUCCUUCACUUGCAUUUGCAAAGAAGGCUGGGAAGGGCUGACGUGUACACAAAAUGUUGAUGACUGUAAACCACAUCCAUGCUACAAUGGUGGCAUCUGCAUUGAUGGUGUGAACUGGUUUCGCUGUGAAUGUGCACCAGGAUUUGCAGGACCAGACUGUCGCAUCAUUUCUUUUCUUCUCUAUUCUCUUGAAGACAUAGAUGAGUGUCAGUCGUCUCCCUGUGCUGAUGGUUCUACAUGCGUCGACGAGAUCAACCGUUACCUCUGUGUUUGCCCUCCGGGAAAGGCUGGGCCUCGCUGUCAUGAGAUGAUUGAAGUGGUGAAGCCGUGUCGUCACAGUGGGCUGCAGUACCCUCAUGGCAGUCAGUGGGAGGAAGAGUGCAACUCCUGCCAGUGUGUCAAUGGAGAUGUCCACUGUACCAAGGUGAGAUGUGGUCGGCGGCCCUGCCUCCUGGAAAAGUCUUCAUCAGCAGCUGAAACCAGUGCCCAGGCCUGUCCUGGGGGUCACGAGUGCGUCCAGCAUCCGUUCCUCACUUGUCUCUCACCACCGUGUCGUCAGUGGGGGGUGUGCUCAGCACCUGACCCCUCCCCAGCCCCUCACACUCAGUGUGAGCCCAAUAGUGGCUACCUGGACAACCGUUGUGCUCACGUCACGCUCAUCUUCAACAAAGACAAAAUACCACAGGGAACCACAGUGGAGAGCGUCUGCUGGGAGCUGAAGUACCUCCCUGUGACUCGGAUGCUGGCUACGGAGCAUGUGCUGCUUAUCCUUUGUGAUCUGUCGUACUUGAGGAGUGACGCUGUGGAGGUUGCCAUGUCUUUUGAGAACAACAAGCAGCUGAAAGAAAGUGACUGCAAACAGGUGGAGAAGGCCGUCGGCGCCAUCACCGGAGCUCUGUCCAAACACCACAACAGCAGCAUCUUUGCUGCUGUGAUGGAGGUCAACGUUGAGAUGAGGGUGGAGUGUCCUUCUGUGGGUUACCUGGUCCCGGUGCUGUGUGUCGUCUUCAGUCUUCUCUGGAUCUUCUGCAUUGUCAUUUGUGUCUGGAGGAUCCAAAGGAGAAAGAAAGGCCGGGAGAGACCAACGUCUGAGGAGAUCCAGGUCAACAACCAGCUGGACCAGAGCAACUCCCCCAAAGUGAACCGCGACAUGGACAUCUACUACGAAUGCAAGAAGCUGAUGAGCCCCUCCGACAGGACGUGUGACGAGGGGCCGGGGGAGCGGGAGGACGAGCACAGUGGGGAGAACCAGGAGGGUGAAGAGAGGGUGUCGGGUUUGGAGAACAAGCUGUCACAUCAGAAGUGCUACGUAAAGGAACCCCAGAACACGGCGGUGCUGAUCAGAAGGGGGCUGAUCUGCACAUCACACAGUGGUCCCGGGAAUCUGCUUCCACGGAUGGCUUACAGCCCCAAAGACAACCGCUGUAAAAACUUGAAUGCUGCGAGGCUCAGCGAGGACGUUAAAGACCAGUAUGUGUGAUCUGAUAACCAACAUGGAUACAACCAACUGACUCCUGAAAGCACCUCAAGUGAAAACUACACACGCUUUAACUUUGGAUUUUGGUUGGCACUCCUUAUUUACAUUUGUUAGGCACAGUGGCUUAUUUAAAAAAAGAAAAAGAAAAAAAAAAAGAAAGAGGUAGGCAUGAAAGUAUAAGUCCCAGCUUUUAGAUUUGUAGGUUUUGUCGUCUGUGACAAUACUGGGAUGAGGAAUUUCUGUUGCUUCAGGUUUUUGUCAUUUCUGUUAUCCGCCUUAACCCAAAGCAGUGGGCUACCCUGUGUUUUUUUGUUUUUUUUACAAUCUCAGUAAAAGAAAAUCUAAGUUUUUUUAAUCAACGCAGAGUCCAACAUGCGAUGCUUGCAUGUCCAUCUUUGCUUCCCUUUUUUCCCUUUUCCACUUUUAUAAUUCUCAUACUUGUCAUUAUUUCUUUUCUACAAACCAGAGAGUUUCAUGCCCUCAGUUCACAUGUCUGUCCUUUUCUUUCUUUUCAUUCACUCGCUUGAUUUUUUCCAACGUCAAAAGGGAAAACGUUAUACCGACAAACAUUUAAGAAAGCAAUACAAUUUUUUAUUAUGAUGUACAUAUGUAAAUAUAUAGAAAUGUUUGUGUAUAUUUGAGUCUAGUAAGUUAAGUGAGGCUUUGUACUAUAGUUUUCUAAAGUGUAAGAAGUUUUUUUGUCAUUCCGUUUAUUAGUUUCUACUGAGACCAUGACAGAUUUUAUGCAGCUUUUUUCCUUCAGUCAAACUCCAUCGUGAGUCAUAAUUUAAGAGAAAAUACUUUGGAAUUGUAGUAACUGACAGGAUGUAAUUUAUAUGUAUAGUAUUUGGUCCUGGUAAGAAGCAGCAUUGGAGCUGUUUGUGUGGACAGCUGUGAGUCACUGGAAAGGUUGUCUUCAUUAUUACAAAGUUUUUGUUGUUAAAAGGAUCAGAAUAUGGUUUGGGAAGGGUUUCCACAAUUCCAAAGAACUCCCUUUCUUUAAAAAAAAAUUUAAAAAGUUUCAAACGGUGCCUUUUUUCGUUCAGACUCAGGCCUCUGUAAAGAGAAAUGAAACAUGUGGAUUUAGAGGACAUGCAGUUUUCUAGAAAGGCUUAGUAGAUGCUUUUUGGUCUGUUUAGCUUUGUUUCUUGAUGAAGUAAUGGAAUGGCAUGACUUUAGUUAGCAUGGAUUUCAUUUUCUUUUUUGCAGAUAGUAUCUCAUCCAAAACAGCAGAGAUGCACCUCAUCGAACACCUCACGGGCUUCCUCUGAUCGACACAAUUCUGUGUCGCUGAUGCAGAUAUCAAAAGUAUUUAGCUGCAGAAAUUGUGCAAAGAAAAAAACAACAUAUUUGUGUUUUUUAGUACUCCUGGCUUUAGAAAAACAUCACAUUAAACCUUUUUUUGGCUUUUCAAAAUUGAAGAUCUGGUUGAUGCAUCUGACGCAACUGAAAGAGCAUCACCAGGAAAAGAAAGGUGCAGUGCCUGUAAUGAAUGUUAUUUUGCCUUUUUUUUUACGUUUUUUAUCUUUACAAACUUUUUUUUUUAAUCUACAGUUUAUUUAAAAGAAUGAAAAUGUCCGAUAGAAUUUCAGUUCUAGUUGUUGUCUGUUGCACUCCAAUGAUGUUGAAAGUUGUGUAGUUGGUUCUUGAAACUACCCUGAUCUGAGCUGUUUUCAGUACAAGUUGACGAGUAAUGGGGUCCAAACACUGUAAAGCGCGUCCUCCGCUCUCACUCCACCGAUCCUCUGAAACGUUUGGCGGUGGACAGACGAGGGGCUCAGGAGCCUUUCCUCUCAUCACGGACGACGCAGGGGCGGGAAUGAGUGUGUGCUUUAAAAAAGGGUCUCUUUUCCACUUUUUCAUUUGUAACGAUGCUUGUGUGUUUUUCUGGUUUAAUGAAGGGAACAACGUGUGUUGUAUUUGAUGCGGUUUGUGCUCCAAGGAUUCUGGGGCAGACACAAAUGUUAGGGAUUUCCACCACUGCAGUAAAAUAAAUGUUCUUAUUUGAGUAUGAAUGUGCUUUUUUGAUUUGAUACUUUUUGACGAUCAAGGAGAACGUACGCUUGUUUCUGUCUUUAAAUUUGAUAUUGUGCUCGCCCUGCUUUACCUUUUCCAAAACUUGGUGAUGUUUUUGGUUUGCUAGUUUCCUUUUUUCUUUCAACACUACUAUUAUUUAUUAAAGUGUUUUAUACCUAA